AUGAGAUUUCCAGUUGUCUUUUCUCUUGCUAGCAAUUACUCGGCUAUUCCAUUCUUUUUAAAUGGUAAGAAUUUUGUUACCCAUAAGAAAUCAUCUAAAAGACCACAAUUGAGUUAUUUCUUCUCCCUAAAGAGUGAUUAUCAUCUAAUUCAAGAUACUGGGUAUGGUGUUCUUAAGAAAAAAAAAGAUUAA